AUGUACUGCUGCGCCGACUUCUGCCUUAUUCCAUUUGGCUCGUUCUCUCUCAAUCCUGACAAUUCCUCCGUCGCUGACGAGCUUGCUGUUGUCCAACGCAUUCUCGCCGAAACCCGUCUGACGCACAAACUCAACGGCCACGGUACAGAGCUUGAGGGCGAGUGGGAUGCUGUCACAUCGGCCGUCAAAUCUUGCCACCAAGCACUACAUGAUCUAGGUGUUCAUAGGAUCUGCUCGGAUAUCCGUAUAAGCACCAGGAUCGAUAAGGCUUCGGGAGACGGUGCAAAUGCGGCGAAAGUUAAGGCGGUGGAGGAUAUACUCAGGAAGUAA